AUGGAGGAGCCAAAGAAAUUUGCUAUUCAUGAGGCCGCCAGGGACGGAAAAAAUCUUGUAGUGGAAUCAUUACUUGCUGCAAAUCCUAAACUCGCAUUCCAAAGAGAUGACGAUGAUCGACUAGCAAUUCAUUGGGCCGUCUCAUACGGACACUUGAAUAUUGCAGUCCUGCUAUCUGGAGUUAAGAAUUUCGAUCCUGAUGUACAGGAUGGCUCAGGCUGGACACCCCUCAUGAUAGCCGUAUCCCUCAAAGAAGGAGACGACCUAGUCGACCUCUUCCUCCGCAAAGGCGCCGACGUAAAUGCAAAAAACAACUCAUCGCAAACCGCCCUUCACUUCACAGCCUCCAAACUCAACCUGCCCGCCGCAAAGAAACUCCUCUCCGCCAGCCCACCAGCCAGCACCCGCGUAAAAGACAUACGAGGGCAGUACCCCAUCCACCGCGCUGCAGCCAUCGGGUCCGUCCCUCUAGUGCAGUUAUUCCUGGCGAACGAAUCUCCUCUGGACGCGACGGAUGUAAGUGGGCAGACGCCGUUACACCAUGCGAUUGCGGAGGGCCAUGGCGAUACGGCUGUAGCGCUGCUGAAGGCGGGGGCUGCGACGGAUAAGAAGGAUAGUGAGGGGUUUUUGGCGCUGGAUUUGGCGCCGGAUUCGCAGGUUAAGAAGUUUAUUUUGCAGGAGAUGGAGAGGGAGGGGAUUGAAUUAUGA